AUGGAUACGGAGCAGCCGGCGAUGCCUGGUGCAUUCCCUGCAUCCGAAGACACCAUCUCCACCACCAGGACGCCAAAGAGACGUUUCGUGGGCCGAAGGACCGCUGAGGCGCAGGCAAAGCAGAAACAACAUGUCGGUUCCUCGGUAGAGGAGACCAAUGCGAUUGUCGCAAAAUCACAGCGAAAGACUCCGCGCGCAUUGAACCAGAUACCCCCCGAGAUUCUCGACGAUCCCGACAUCCAGGCCGCCGUCGGUUUACUCCCUCACAACUACAGCUUCGAGAUACCCAAGACCAUACACCGGAUACGGACCCUACAGGCGAAGAGAGUGGCGCUUCAAUUCCCCGAGGGUCUGCUCAUGUUUGCCACCACGAUCUCAGAUAUCCUCACUCAGUUCUGCCCAGGGACAGAAACACUGAUUAUGGGGGACGUCACCUACGGCGCCUGUUGUAUCGAUGACUACACAGCAAGAGCGCUAGGAUGUGAUCUUCUGGUCCACUACGCCCACAGCUGUCUGAUACCAGUAUCGUCCAGCAAGAUCGCGACCCUCUACAUAUUCGUCGACAUUUCCAUCGACACCAAACAUCUCGUGAGCACUCUUUCUCGAAACAUACCGCCAGGAAAGACAAUCGCGAUGGUUAGCACGAUCCAGUUCAACUCGGCGUUGCAUACGAUAAGACCCGCCUUGGAAGCCGAAGGCUUGAAGUUGGUGGUGCCGCAGGUCAUGCCGUUAAGCAAAGGCGAAGUGCUGGGGUGUACAGCGCCCAAGAUUGGACCAGAUGCACAUGUUGAUUUGAUUUUGUACUUGGGUGAUGGUCGCUUCCACCUUGAGGCGGCCAUGAUUGCGAACCCUGACAUCCCGGCAUAUCGGUAUGAUCCGUACUCACGGAAAUUGACCCGAGAGACAUAUUCCCACGAUGAGAUGCUGGAUAUGCGGUCAUACGCCAUCAACACGGCCAAAGGAGCAAAGAAAUGGGGGUUGAUCUUGGGCGCGCUGGGCAGACAGGGAAACCCGCAUAUUCUGACCAUGAUCGAGAACCAUCUCAACAUGCAGGGAAUUCCAUACGUCAAUCUUCUGCUUAGUGAGAUCUUUCCCGGCAAGUUGGCUAUGUUUGAGGAUGUGGAGUGCUGGGUGCAAAUUGCUUGUCCUCGCUUAAGCAUCGACUGGGGCUAUGCAUUUCCUCGGCCAUUGUUGACGCCUUACGAGGCGUUGGUUGUGCUGGGUGCCAUACAGGGGUGGGAAAAGGAAGGCGGAACAUAUCCUAUGAAUUAUUAUGCCAACAACGGACUGGGCAGGGCAACUGAGAAGGUUGCUGCUCAAGUGGGUGUUUCUGCUUGA